GGCUGCGGCCCUUGCUUUUGACUUUGUUCUACACCGUAGUUUUCAUUUUUCCCUAUCAUGAUAGGCAUCUCAAAGGUAGGCAGAGCUUGAUUUCUUUUUCUCCAAACACAAUUACAUGAUGAUUCCUUAUAUAUUGGAGCUGUCCUAGCUCACCAUGCGGACAACCUUUUUACUUACGCUUUUCAUCUUUCUGAACGUUACAAUUUUGUUUACUCGCACUGAAAUCCUCAUCUUCUAUUGAUGUGGCCAUGCUAAUUCUGUGUAAUAUUUUCAGGGACCACCAAGCAAACGUAUUUUCAGACCUCCUUAGAUCACAGCGAGAGAAUUUUUUUUUACCAACACACUCUUCUUAAUAUUCACAUCUAUCUUGAUCCCGCUUGUCUCCCUUAAGCCUCUCAUAAGUACCUACUUAACAAGAUGGCCUAUGAUCCACGACUAGCUGGUGCAGGCACAGGGGCUCAGGAACAUGCAACACCACCCCGCGAGGCAGUUCCAACUGCAGCCGCAGCCGCAACCACAGAUGGUAGUGCUACAAACUCGACGGAGCAAACAGCUGGGGACUCAUACAAGCUUCGCUUCUGCACCGUAUGUGCAUCAAAUCAGAACCGCUCGAUGGAGGCACACCUCCGUCUAUCUACUGCAGCGUCGCCCUUCCCAGUAAUCUCCUUUGGAACGGGCUCCCUAGUCCGCCUACCAGGCCCCUCUAUCACCCAACCUAAUGUCUAUAACUUCAACUCAACCUCCUACUCCCAAAUGUACGAUGAGCUCCUCUCUAAGGAUGAGCGCUUGUACCGAAAUAACGGUAUCCUAAACAUGCUUGACCGCAAUCGCAACGUGAAAUGGGGUCCUGAGCGUUUCCAGGACUGGGUACCCGGGUUACCGAGGACAGACCAUGUUUCCAAGGGCGAUAAGGGCGCACUUGGAACUGAAGGAGGCAUAGUAGACGUCAUCAUCACCUGCGAGGAGCGAUGCUGGGACGCCGUCGUUGACGACCUCAUGAACAAAGGCUCCUCUCUGAACCGUCCUGUGCAUGUGUUCAAUGUGGAUAUCAAGGAUAACCACGAGGAGGCCCUUGUAGGUGGAAAGGCUAUACUGGAAUUAGCCACUCGCUUGAACGAAGCUGCUGUCCAGGAACAAACAGCGCUUGGCGCACAGGGCUGGGAAAACGGAACCGGUGAAGCUCGGAGGAGCUUUGAUGAAAAAGUGCCCGAGAUUCUUGGAUCAUGGCAGGAGAAGUGGCCGAACUUGCCAGCCUUAUGGACCUUGGCUUGGUUAUAGUACUGGCUGAUGGGGUCUAUGAGUACUCAACCUUGACUCUUGUACGAACAAUAAAUAAUAAAGGAUACGAAUGAAACAUCCCCACGCUUCAAAUGCUAUGCUAUUAUUACAUGUAGUCAUCAGUCAUGUCCCGUCAUAAAAGUAAACAUCCAAAAUGCAAUACCGCAAUAAGGUCUAGACGAAAGAUCAUCACGUCGAACCUUCAGAAGACCGCUCAAGGAGAAUCUGCCGCCGCUCCUUAUACCAACGAUCCAAACAUGCCCGCCGCUCAGCCUGCGUCAUACUCUCCACAAGAAGCGCAAACUCAGUGGCAUUUGGAAACCCGAACCGCCUUGCCAUGCUGCAAAACUGGCGUUUCAUAACGUCCUCGGGAGGGUGGUAUUUGAACCGAACUGGGCGCCCGUCUUUUUGGAACGCGGUGGACAUCAUACCGGCACAUUCCUCUUG